AUGGCACAGCCAAUAAUAAAAUUACCAGACUCGUUUGCAAAGUUAUUAAUUGCGACAAACUCACAUUUAGGGGGAACUGAUUUAUCCAAGCCAAUGUCUCACUAUGUAUUUGGUAAGAGGAAUGACAAAAUAAGAGUAUUUGAUAUUGAUAAGACAUGGAAAAAGCUUAUUCUGGCAGCACGUGUAUUUUGUGGUUAUAGUAACCCUGGAAGUAUUACAGCAAUUUCCGGUAAGCUCUUUGCUAAAAAAGCUGUUCAUAAGUUUGCUGAACUUACUGGAUGUAAAGCAAGUACCGGUAGAUUUGUACCAGGAGCAUUCACCAACACUACCAUAAAGACUUACAAUUCUCCUAGAUUAGUUAUUGUAAGUGAUCCUAAUGUGGACAAACAGGCUAUUACUGAAGCAUCUUUUAUUAAUUGUCCUGUUAUUGCAUUUGCCAAUACAGACUCAGAUCUUAGUUGUGUUGAUAUUGCUAUUCCAAUCAAUAAUAGAUCACCUAAAGCUAUUGGUGCUUCCUUCUAUAUUUUAUCUAAGUUAAUCAAUUUUAUUAGAAAUGGAACACCAUUAGAAGAUGAUCAUAAAACAGUUGAAUUAUUCUUCUAUAGAAACCAGGUUGAAUUUGAAAGAUUAUUAAAAGAACAAAAAGAUACCGUUCAGGAAAAUAUCUUAAAUCAAUUACGUGAUGGAUCUCAAGAUGAUUUUGAAAAUAAGAAAGAAGAUUUACCUGUUUCUAAUCAAUAA